UCUGCCAGUCUGCCAUUGACCCCACCCAAAACCGAACCCGUCCUCUCUCACGGUAAAUCUCCUUCUGAAACCCAUUUCUUUUUGUUUCUUUUUCGCAAGUUAAAACAAAACUCGCCCCUCAAUUUCAUCCCUGCACUGUCACUAGCGGUUCUGGGUUUUGUUCUUUGAUGUGGUCGGAGGAGUAGUUGUGAUGUUAUGGCGGCAGACGAGGUCGUCACCAGGACUUUCAGAGAGCUGGUGGAGAGGGCGGAGAAGAAGUUCGCUAGGGUGAGGGACUUGCCGCCCUACGACGGCGGGGCGCCGGCGGGGCACUACUUCCACAAGGUGUUCAAGUCCUACAUGCGGUUGUGGAAGUACCAGCAGGAGAACCGGUCGAAGCUGGUGGAGUCCGGGCUGCAGCGCUGGGAGAUCGGCGACAUCGCAUCCCGGAUCGGCCAGCUCUACUUCAGCCAGUACGUUCGCACAAGCGAGGCUCGCUUCCUCCUCGAGUCCUACAUCUUCUACGAGGCGAUUCUCAACCGCAACUACUUCGACGGCUCCCGCACCAACCGCAGCGUACGCUUCAAGGAGCUCCGGUUUUACGCCAGGUUUCUUAUGGUUUCCUUGAUUUUGAACCGUUAUGAGAUGGUGGAACAGCUGGUUGAGCGGUUCAAGGCUCUUGUCGACGAUAGCAAAGCCUCUUUUCCUGGCACGAACUUCAAAGAGUGGAAACUGGUGGUAAAUGAGAUUGUUCGGUUUACAAAGGUGGAUUUGGGCUCUUCAGCUGUUAGGCCUUUGCGGUUUACUGCUACUUUUGAUUCAUAUCCAUUGUCUCAACCUUAUGUGGCCCGUUUCCAUGCUAAGAAGGUCCUAAAGUUUCAAUAUGCAGUGCUGACAAGCUAUCAUAAAAAUGAGGUCAAAUUUGCAGAACUAACUUUAGACACUUUUAGAAUGCUCCAAUGCUUGGAAUGGGAACCCAGUGGAUCUUUCUAUCAUCAGAAGAAACCAAUUGAACCACGAGAGAAUAGGGUGACAUUUGACCAGUCUUUGACUUCUGGACUGAUUGAUAUGAAUUUGGCUGCAGACAUGAUGGAUCCAGAUCUUCCUUCAAAUCCUAAAAAAUUCACUCUUUAUCGCCCUUCUGUGGCACAAUUGAUCGCGGUCAUUGCCACAAUAUGUGAGGAGCUUCCUCCAGAAAGUGUGAUCGUAUUAUACAUCUCUGCAUCAGGGAAUCCAGGUCAGAGUAGUCCAUCACAUAUGGAUAACACUAUACAUUCAAGAAGAUCUUCAAAGCUCGCGGCUGCAACCUUAUCUCAAACCACUUUGCAUGAAAACAAUAAUAGCUGCAAUGGGGACCCAGAUAACUACUUGGAGAACUCGUUGUGCUUUGGUCCUAGCAGAAAUGGAGUUCAUAACAACUUAUAUCCUGGGGAUCUGAUCCCUUUUACCAGAAGACCUCUCUUUGUAGUUAUUGACAGUGACAAUAGCCGUGCAUUCAAGGCAGGUUCUGCAAGGAGCUGAAAGAGGGGAAAGAUGUGCUUUACUUCUAUCUCCUUUAAGGCCAUCGUUUAAGAACCCAAGCACUGAUGUGAUCCUGGAUGGAAGCCAGUUUACCAUAUUCUUGACUGAUCCCUUACAGGCUUUCUGCCAACUCGUUGGCCUCAAGGUUUCAGACAACAAUCCUGAUGUUUACAAGGAUGCUGAUGCUAUCAUCUCAACUUCAUUUUCCGAAUGGGAGAUAAUGCUCUGCACAACUCCAAGCCUAGACUUGGUCUGGGCUCAAGUAUUGUCUGAUCCGUUUCUGCGGCGGCUUAUUCUAAGAUUCAUUUUCUGUCGUGCUGUGCUCACUCUAUUUAUCCUUCAUGAAGAAACUGACUACCAUUUGCCUGUUUGUGUCCCCGAGCUUCCUGAUUCAUUCAAUCCGAAUUCUGAAUCUGUACAACCUAAUAUCAGACGUCUAGCAAAUCAUCUUAAAGUUGCUGAUUCUUUUCAUGUGUAUUGAUUGAGUUGUUGCUAAGGGGAAUGAAGAAGAUUGUACCAUACUGGGUAAAAACUAAUUGGCCGAGUUGAUGUAAGAAAAUACUAGUUGCUUGCUCAGUAUAGUACAACAUGCUUAUAUGACAGUAAAAAAGUAGUCUCUAGUUGAUGUGCAGAAAGUUAGUUUCUUGUGCUUCAAUUAUUAGUGCAUUGGCCUUGCUUGAUAGCUUUCACCCAGGAAUCAUUGUUUAUUGUGCUAUAAUGGUUGUUUUGUAUUUACAGUUUGCAGGAAAUUAUUCAGUCAGAAACUGUUCAUACUUCAUACUUUCUGUAGUAUGUAAAGGAGGCUAGUUUAACAUAUUAUCUCUUUCUUUGAUUCUUUUUAGCAAGAAUAAUGUGCCUUUAGUUGCAAUUACCAUAUUUCACUGAUUUCAC